GAGAGAAACCCCAGCCCAUCGGUCUGCGCUGGGACCGCCCGCCGCGCAUCUGCCCUUCUUCGCUGACUCCGCCCCGCAUCUGGCCAGACCCGCCUCGCGUCAGAGCUGACCCACUCACUGCGCGUUUGCCAGUCAGUCUCUCCGGACCUGCCUCGAGCCUCAGGCUGCUGAAAUCACCGCGCCUCACUCGCCUCGACAGUGAUUCUGAGUCUGCUUUUAGCUUCCUUUUGCCUGCCUUGGCUUUUUCUGUUCCUGAACAGCUGUUUGGCCCAUAGCUUAGAGAAAGCAGCCUUUUUUCUCUUCAAAGAGAACCUCCUCCCAGUGCUCAGAGAGAUGGGGAGCGGGGAGCCUAAUCCUGCUGGCAAGAAAAAGAAGUAUCUCAAGGCCGCUCUGUACGUGGGUGACUUGGACCCAGAUGUCACCGAGGACAUGCUCUAUAAGAAGUUCAGGCCUGCAGGCCCUCUGCGAUUCACCCGAAUCUGCCGUGAUCCGGUGACCCGCAGCCCCCUGGGCUAUGGCUAUGUUAACUUCCGCUUUCCCGCGGAUGCAGAGUGGGCCUUGAACACCAUGAAUUUUGAUUUGAUUAAUGGAAAACCAUUCCGCCUUAUGUGGUCUCAGCCAGAUGACCGCUUAAGAAAGUCUGGAGUGGGAAAUAUAUUCAUCAAAAACCUGGACAAAUCCAUAGACAAUAGGGCCCUGUUUUACUUAUUUUCUGCUUUUGGGAACAUUCUGUCCUGCAAAGUCGUAUGCGAUGACAACGGCUCUAAGGGUUAUGCCUAUGUGCACUUUGACAGCCUGGCCGCUGCCAAUAGAGCCAUCUGGCACAUGAAUGGAGUGCGGCUCAACAACCGCCAGGUGUAUGUUGGCAGAUUCAAAUUCCCAGAAGAGCGGGCGGCUGAGGUCAGAACCAGGGAUAGAGCAACUUUCACCAAUGUUUUCGUUAAAAACAUUGGAGACGACAUAGAUGACGAAAAACUGAAGGAACUUUUCUGUGAAUAUGGGCCAACUGAGAGUGUUAAAGUAAUAAGAGAUGCCAGUGGGAAAUCUAAAGGCUUUGGAUUUGUGAGAUAUGAGACACACGAGGCUGCCCAAAAGGCUGUGCUAGACUUGCAUGGGAAGUCCAUCGAUGGAAAAGUCCUCUAUGUAGGGCGAGCACAGAAGAAAAUUGAACGCCUGGCUGAGUUGAGGCGGAGAUUUGAACGGCUGAGGUUAAAAGAAAAAAGUCGGCCCCCAGGGGUGCCUAUCUAUAUUAAGAACUUGGAUGAGACAAUCAAUGAUGAAAAACUGAAGGAGGAAUUUUCUUCCUUUGGGUCAAUUAGUCGGGCCAAAGUGAUGAUGGAAGUGGGGCAAGGCAAAGGAUUUGGUGUGGUCUGCUUUUCCUCUUUUGAAGAGGCUACCAAAGCAGUGGAUGAGAUGAAUGGCCGCGUAGUGGGCUCCAAGCCCCUGCAUGUCACCCUGGGCCAGGCCAGGCGCAGGUGCUGAGAAUAAGAAUGCUCAGUUCGUUUCAGCCUUAGUUGGUGCCUGCUUCGUUUGGGCUCCUUUGUGAUAAGGGGUUAUUUUAUGCUAAUUCACAAGUAUUUUUUUUUUUUUUUUUUUAAGUGAAUUCUUUCUUUUGAAAAAAAAUGCAAAACUAGAAAAUGUUCAUUUUAGAAUGGAACAUAAUUUCUAAUUGUAAAAUUGUCGUUUUGUACCUUUUUUGAUGUAAUAUCCUUAGAAAUAUGUAGAAUAAAGUGUAUUCCUCCACUUUUUUUUUUUUUUCCUGAACAGUCAAGGUGAGGCAAUUGAUUGAGUAUAUUUCCCUUCUUAUUUCAAUAAUAUUCUAUUAUUUUUCAUGAAAAUAUUGUCAACAUGGUUCUUCUGAAUCUAUCAUAGUGAAAAGUUCUAACUUGCUUUUUUAGAAGUCAGUACAGCAGGGAAAAUCAUAUGUGAUCCAAUUAACAUCUGCAUAAUUUCACUUAAAAUUUUUAUGCAAAAUGAAUUUUUUAACGUGAAAUUUAUUUUAUUUUCUUUAUUUAUUUGUAUUCUUGUUUCAUUUUUUAAUAUGUUGUGAACAUACUACAGACUUGAUAAUACUUUUGACUAAUUGUCGGGAGUGGUUGUAUUAAUUUCUUGCCCAAAUAAGUAAGCAUAUUGGUGUUUUCUCAAUUAGUCACUUAGAAAAUUAACACUUUAGGCAGUGGCUAUUUAAAGUAAGAAUUGUAUCUUAAAAACCUUUCCUAAAAGAUUUGGUAUUUGAAGAUACUUUCAGUACCACUCCUACCAUCCAUUUUUCUAAAUUCCUUAGUACAUAUACUUGGAUCAUGUUAAAUUAACAAGAAAAAUGAAUAACUGCACUGAAUUGCCUUUACCUAUAAAUUAUUUAAUCUUUUACCUUCAGCUUUUAUCAAUUGUCAAUAUAAAAGGCAAAUAAUCCACAGAAUGAUGUUAAAAAACUUCUUGGAAGAACACCUUCUAUUAAACUUGUUAUCUCUUGUAAAUUAUUGACUGUAUCCUUUUGAUAAUGUUCACAGAUGUUUCAAAGGUAAGGAAUAGAUUGUCUCUUGGAUUAAGUCAUAUGCCUCCAGCUAUUAUAUGAGAACUGUGAAACCAAUAUGGUUUUCUUUAUGUCUUGGCUGUUUGAAAAUUUAAAAAAAAAGGUUUUGUUCAAUAUUGCAGUUACAUUAAUUAGCCUGUAAUUUCUAAAUUAGAGAUUCUCUACAUUUCACUUGUGGUUUCCUGUUCUCCUCAUUGCCGGCCUUCCAUUCCUAUUACACUUAUUUUUCUAUUUUUUGUAUUACCUUUUUAAAAAUAUAUACCUGUUCAAGUCCUUUUAGGAAGAAGAAAAUACCUAAUUUAUGUAAAAUUUAAUAAUUACUUUUUUAUAAUAUGAUUCACUUAUGCCACAGAUUUGACCAUUAGAAUAUGUUUUUGUCUCUACUGUCAGUUUUAUUACCUUAUAUACAAAUCUUCAUUUUCAUACAUAGUACAAUGUAAAUAAAUAAUUUUGUUAACACUUUUGUUAGCUCUUUGACCAUAAAAUAAUGACAAUAAGCUGUUUCUAUGUAUUUGUUUAUCUACAAAUUACAGGUUUAUUCGUUUUCAAAUAUUUUCAAAAUGGAAAUUACUGUUUUUAUUGAUUAUAAACGUAACACAUGCUCAUUGUAAAAAAUGUACACAGUGCAGAAGGAAGUAAAAUUUCCACAGUUCAGAAAUAACCACAAUGAACGUUUUCAAUGUGUAAAUAUCUUUUUGUAUUUUUUCCUAUGUAUACACAAACAUUUUGACCAAAAAUCCAUACUAUAUUUACUGUUCUGUAUUUUUAAUUUUAAACUGAACCAUAAUCGUCUUUUUAUGACAAUAAAUAUCAAUCUCUAUCAUCAUCUUAGUGACUGCAUAGUAUUCCCUUGUGUUGACAUAUUAUAAUUUAUCUACACAGUUUGCUAUUGAAUCUAAUUUAUGUGAUUUUUCACAUAUUUACAUGCGUAAACAAUGCCGUGAUGAACAUCACUUGCUUAAAACCGUUAUUAAUUCCAUGACUGCAAAAAAAUUUAUAUGAUUUGCAAAAAGCUUAAAUCUGAUGAAAAAAAUAUGUGCACAUCAUAUUGAUAUAUGUAUCAAAAUUUUGGAAUACUUUCAAGAUAUAUUCUGCAUUUAGAUUGACAAAUGGAAAACUAAAAUCUUAUUUUUCAUUUUUCUGAGCCAAAUUGCUUUACACCAUUGUGAUUAUUAACGUACAUCAAAACUAUGAAACUACAAAUAAACUUUAAAAUGUUUAUGUUGGUAAUUAUCAUAUAUACUCUCAAUUUGUUUUUACCCAUUACCAGUCUUCAGUUAAAUUUAUAAACCUGAAGUAUCAGUGUUAGCCUGCAGCCUUUACAAAUGCUUUGAUUCAAUAUAAAUCUAGACAGGUAUCUAUAAUGUAGAAAUUAUCAAAUAAAAGCAUUUAAUAUAUUUUUGGAACAAUGGAUUUGAACUAUUACUAUUUUUGAAAAGCUAGCCAGUGUAAAGAAAAGAAGAAAUUAAAAUAUGCCUAAGAACAGAUAAAAUAUAUAUGUUUAGUGCUUUGAUAAACUGUUGGAAAAAAACACUGUAAAUUCCGUUGGUGAAAAUCAAAGCGAAAAUAUAAAGGAAAGAUAUUCUCUAUUUGAAUGUAAACACCAGGGUAGUUUUUCAAUCCUGUACUUUUGCUCAUCAUUUCUUUUAUCACAAGAUAAUUAGUACAAAUUAAAUAGUUAGGUUAAGAAUGCACCAUUUAGUACAAAUUUUGUUUUGUUCUGUUUGGCUUUUCAAAACAGUCACUUGUAUAAACUUUAAAUGUACCCAAGGAGAAGAAAACUAAAAAUAUUGUUUUGUAAUUGCAAGCCAUCACAGUCAAGGUUAUUUUGAGGAGGCUUUUUUGUACAAGAAGUUGGCACAUACUGCUGCCUAUCUAGUAAUAAUGGUGAAGGAGAAAAAUAAAAUAUUACACAUGUAAGUGAUAUCUUUAGCCCAGUGGGAAAAAGUUACAAUAUUUUUUUAAGGGGAGAGAGGAAUGGAGUGAAUACCCUCUUCCCUAUAAAUAAGUGGCCUAAUUUAAGGGAAUAAUUAGAAAUGUAUCAAUAUAUGACUGCAGACAGAUAAAACAAGUUUUUUCAGCACUUAUGACAAUAGCUGGAAUAUAGGAGGCAUUCCACAAAUAUUUGUGGAAUGAAUGAAUUCAUAAUCUGAAUUAUACCCCUCCAUUUGUUUGCUUUUCAAUUCCCUCAAUAUUUGAUAAAAGAAAUGAGUUAUUACAGAAUAAGCCAUUUGUAUUAAAGCCCAUCUUAUGAAGAAAUAAUUGAGAAAUGAUUGGUUACACAGACUGGUGCUUAUACAUAGUGUUAUUGGUUACAUAGACUAGUGCUUACAGUGUUAAGGUUUUCUCAAUGCUUUCCUUCUUCUCAUGCUCAUUUUUUCAUUGUUUUUGUGUUUCAUACUUGAUUGAUGAGCCUGUCUUAAACAGACAAAGCUUCUAAUAAUUGGCAUAACUUAAAUCAAACAGUCUAUUUGUAGAGCAACACUUUUUAUAAGUUAAUGGGGUGCUCCAUUGAGACCAAUGCUAUUUCACAAAGUCGUGUUCCUGAAUCCAACAGUAUGACCACAAUAAUCCUUGAGAUACAAGAGCAUGCUCAUUUGAAGUGAAUUAAUUCUUAACACAUUUUAGGGUUUUAUUUACUGCCCAUGAAAUGUAACUUAACAAAUGAUUCCUUGCAGCCUCAUGAGAGUUAAUGUAUCCCUCUUGGUUCCAGGGAAUCACAGUAUUUAAAAAUCAUCUAGCUACCAUUGGAAAGAUGAGAAAAUAAAGCCCUGAUGAAUUCAAAGUACCAAUACUGAAGAUAUCAUUCUUAUAAAACUUUAAAAAACUAACUCCAAAUACUUUCACUCUCAAAAGGCGCAGUCAACUUCAAAAUAUCUCCCAUUUGGUAGAAAAAAAGAUCAGUUUACUCACUAAAUUUCUCAUCAAAAUUUGGGAACUUCACACUUUAUUUAUUUUUAAAAAUUAUUUAGUGCUUAAGGGAGAUAAGGAUGAGUGCUGAUAAGGGAUGAGUGCUGAUAUUAUAUGGCAUGACUGGCUCUGUUUUAGAGCUAAUGUAAGUGAAACACAAGAUGUUGGCAUCUUUUGUAUGAAAAAAUAAGUCUUCUAUAAUGUAAACUAAAUAAUUUUACAUCCUUUCGCGAUUGAAUUGAAACUUCUAAAAGGAUAAAUUAUGCUUUUGAAAAAUCAAGAACUUUACAAAUCAGUAUUUUAAAAAGUAAUGUAAGUGAAUUUACACAGAAUGACAGCCAACUUUUUUUAAGUCACCUCUCUCUGAGGAUAUUGAGCAGACUAAAUCCCUGACUAAAACAAAUACAGAGAGGAAUUUACAAAUAUUUCUUUUUCAGUGUCUCAGGAAGCCCAGAGUAUAUCAGUAAAUGGUCUUAUUGCACAAAAAUCUAUCAUAUAUUAAUAUUUAUAAAUAAAGAAAUAAGAACCUACUUUAGUCUUUUUGUCUCAAAGGGCAGUUUUAUUACAUUAAAGAUUGUUACAGAGCAAAGCAAGUCAGGAUGAAUAAUUUGUUUCCUAUUUUAUUGAUGAAUUUAAAAAAAAUAGGGGAGUUGCAAAUUAAGUCAAGAAGAAUUAAAGGAUGUAGAGAAAUAAAUAGUAAUUUAAAUGUUAGAAGUGUAAAUUAAUACUGUAAAGGCAUUAAAAUUCUGCCUAUUUUGAUACUUAAUUGAAGGUAAAACAUCACAAACCGUUUGUAUUCAAUUUGUAUGGUUAUUUUUAUCAUUGAUUUGACUACUACAGUGACACUAAGCCUCAGGAGUAUUUCAUUUGUAAGUGAAUUUGCUUAAAUAAUUAUUGGUGCUAAUCUACUUCCCUCUAUUCUCUUACCUCCCUCACUGAAUCUCAAUCCCAUCCUUGCUGAGUAUUCAAAAAUACAUGAGGUAUUUCUGGAUUAUAUAGUCUGUCUAAAUAUCAGCUCAGAAAUUUAUUUGUAGCUAUUAGAUGUGCAUGUGUUUGAUAUUGUACAAUUUGGUAAGACAAAGCUUCAGGACUUGCAUGUUAAGUUGUACAUGGUGGAAAACUUGUCUACUGUUUAGGUGUGAGUGAAUGUAUUUAGCUAAAGAUAUUCUUUUAAAAAAUGUAAAUUUCAUAAUGAUGCGAAUUAAACCAACGACAAAGCCA